AUGGCGUGGGCGGCGCUGAGGCCGGUGGUGAAGGCCUGCAUCGGCGGCUCCCUCAUCGGCCUCACCAUCUCCGACCGCUACUUCUCGUUCGCGGCCGUCCACGGCGACUCCAUGCGCCCCACCUUUGAGGGCAGCGCAGCAGAUGGACGCGAGUACGCGCUGGUGAAGCGGAGUCCCCUCUACGACUACUCCCGCGGCGAGGUCGUCGUCUUGGCGUCGCCGGUGGACCACCAGAGGAAGACGAUCAAGAGGCUGAUUGGGCUGCCCGGCGACUGGGUCAGCCUCCCCGACAAGGAGGAGGUCCGGAAGAUACCGGAGGGCCACUGCUGGGUCGAAGGGGACAACGGCGGCGUCAGCCGGGACUCGAGAGCCUACGGCCCUGUGCCGCUUGGUCUGGUGCAGGGGAGGGUGACGCACGUGGUGUGGCCGCCUAGCAAGAUGGGCCGCGUCGACAAGAGGGUGCCGUCGGAAGGAAGGGGAAGGGUCAUGCCACAGCGCAAUCUCUAG